AUGUCGCCCUCUAUCAAUACACGCAUCCUAAUACUGUCUGAUACCCACGCACAAAGAUUUCCGCCCGGCAUGGAACCUCUCCAGCGAGCAGACGUGGCUAUUCACUGCGGCGAUAUGACAAACGAAUUCAAGCUAAAAGACUAUCGAGAGGCAAUCCAACUACUAGAGAACAUCAACGCUCCGUUGAAGAUUGUCAUCGCAGGGAAUCAUGAGUUUUCCCUUGACGAUACGGCGUACAAGCACAAAAUCGAAGAAACUUGUAGGAUACAGCAGGAAGAUAUCAGCAAGGACAUCAUGGCCGAGUUUGGGGAGUUUGGGGAAGCGAAGAAGCUACUUCUACAGGCGAGAGACAAGGGCAUCAUUUUCUUAGAAGAGGGUACUCACAAGCUUCAACUUCCCAACAGUGCUACUCUGAAGCUUUACGUCAGUCCGUAUACACCUGCUCACAACUGCGGUGGCUGGGGCUUCCAGUACGACGGCAUUCACGAUUUCGACAUCAAACAGGGGACCGACCUUGUUAUAACACAUGGCCCACCUCACGGAAUCAUGGAUAUGACUUUAAAAAAAAGGAACGCAUCGGAUGCCCACAGCUAUUCGCUGCAGUUGCGAGAGCCCAACCACGGAUCCAUUGCUUCGGGCAUGUUCACGAGAGCUGGGGUGCAAAGCUGGUGUCAUGGAGACCCAAAUUGUCAGAAAUUCCGCAACGUUUUAAGGAAAUCGACAACGACAAGUCAUUUGUGA